UCUCCUCCAAUGGGAGCGCGCGGAUGAACCGGAAGUGACGUCACACCCGGAAGUGGCAGCGGCGGCGGCAACGCAGGAGCGACGAUGAACCUGGAGCGCGUUUCCAACGAGGAGAAGCUGGAGCUGUGCCGGAAAUAUUACCUGGGUGGGUUUUUGCUGCUCCCCUUCCUGUGGCUGGUGAACGUGGUUUGGUUUUCCCGCGAGGCGUUCCUGGCCCCGCCCUUCGGGGAGCAGCCGCGCAUCAAACGCUACGUGAUCCGCUCGGCCGUGGGCGCGGCGCUCUGGGGGCUGGGCCUGGGCGUGUGGGUGGGGCUGUUCCAGACCCGCCGCAACCAAUGGGGGGCGCUGGGCGACGCCCUCAGCUUCACCCAGCCAAUGGGAGAGCCCUGAGAGCGGCAUCGGCCAAUGGGAGAGCGGCACGGAACGAUGACAUCAUCACCCUCAUGGAAGCCCCGCCCCUCUUUACCAAAUAAAGGCACUGACCACGCCCACACCCAAAUAUGGGCAUGGACGAGGUUAUUAUUGAUGUGGGGGCGUGGCCACCCUAAAAGUGGGCGUGGCCUCACCACCUUGAUCCCUCCCCCACAGGACCAAUGAUGUCACCACCCCACAAAAGCUCCGCCACAAUUUUUCCCAAAUAAGGGUGUUGACCACGCCCACACCCAAAUAUGGGCAUGGGUGUGCCUUUACUGGGGUGGGCGUGGUCAUAAAUGGGCGUGGCUUUAAUGUCUUGACCCCUCCCCCCACGGGAGUGAUGUCAUCACCACCUCAAUGGAAGCCCCACCCCUUUUUCCCCUAAUAAGGGCAUAGGCCACGCCCACACCCAAAUAUGGAAGUUCAUUGGCUUCUAUUGGGGUGGGGGCGUGGCCACCCUAAAAGUGGGCGUGGUCUCAGCGCAUUGACCCCUCCCCCCACUGUAGUGAUGACAUCACCUCCUCAAUGCAAACCCCGCCCCCUUUCCCCCUAAUAAAUUCAAUGACCACGCCCACACCA